ACAAUGAAGACUUUCGUUUGUGUUCUUCUAUUCGCAGCUGCAGUUGUGGCUGAACCACCUCAGUACAGGCAGGUGAGAUUCAGGUCACAAAAGCAAGAAACGGAAAGUCAAGGAUUUGAUACAGGCGCAGCACCUUACCCAGCAGCGGGCUACAGGCCAACAAAGGAAUUUAACUUGCCCUCUCGUCAGGAAUUUUCCCCACCAGCAACUAAUUACGGAAUUCCUGCCGAUAGUUACGGUGCUCCAUUUAACACAUAUUUGACUCCGCAAACUGAGUAUGGAGUACCGCAAGAAGAAAGCGACAAGGGCCCAAAAGACGAUGAAAAGGAAGAAGUAGAAAAUGUUGGAAACACGAAAAAUGAAGAACAAAAAGAGAACCUCCAAGAGGAACCUAAAAAAGAUGCCGAAGUAGUAAGUGCUCAAGGAGCUUACUAUGUCCUACUGCCCGGAUCUCAGCUCCAAAGAGUGCAAUUUCAAACUGAAAACGAUGUUCGUAAUAUGGCGUACACUGCUCGACUUCAAUACAGAAACGAAGAUCGUGCUCCAAUUUUCGUUUAUACUGCAGUACCUCAAUAUCAAUCAGCGGCCUACGUUCAACUGUUUAAAUAA